AUGCACUGGGAGUGGAAGAACUGUCCUAUGGCUUGGAAAGCACAAUACGCAGGUCGUAGCAAGAACACAACCCUUAUCCUCGAAGCUGUUGCGGAUCAAGAUUUAUGGAUUUGGCAUGCAUUUUUUGGAAUACCCGGCUCUUGUAAUGAUCUUAACGUCCUAUACCGCUCUCCGGUGUUUGACGAUGUUUUGAAAGGUCGGGCACCACCAAUUAGUUUUAUGGUAAACGACCAUGAGUACAACAUGGGAUACUACUUAACAGAUGGUAUAUAUCCGAACUGGGCAACAUUUAUACAAGGUAUCACAUAUCCUCAACUCCAGAAGGACAAGUUAUUUGCAGAUAAACAAGCUGCAGCUCAGAAAGACGUUGAACGUGCGUUUGGAGUUCUACAGGCUAGGUUUGCCAUAUUACGACAACCCACACUUGCUUUCGACGAAGACAUUUUGAGCGACAUAAUGAAAGCUUGUAUCAUUAUGCACAACAUGAUUGUCGAGGAUGAACGACACAAUUACACUCGUGCCAAAGUUUUGAGAAGGUAUUAUGAAGAAGAUCGCCCUCAGCUUCAUAGAGCAAGGUCCGGUCCGAGUACAAGUGCCACAGUGAAUAACAACGAGCCUUUCGAAUUUAACGUUGGCCGACCACCAAACGUUGAUUUUGACGGGUAUAUUCAAAGAAGAAUUACCCUGCGUGAUAGCCAAACCCAUUUUUCUUUGAAAGAUGAUUUAGUUGAGCAUAUUUGGCAAAAAUACGAUCGUACAAAUAAAUAG